GAAAAGUAAUAUGGAUGCGCCCAUGAAAGAAAUGUCAACAUGAAGUUUAUUGUUAAUUUUGCAAAAACAAUCCGAAAUCACUGGAAAAAGUCUAUUGUAUUUACAGGCAUUGGGAUUUAUGGUGUCAAAUACGCAAAUGAAUUAUACGAAGAGGACCUACUGAGAAGGGAGUACUGUGCAGAAGCAAAGAAAUUUGGGGACCAGGCCUCCUCCUUUGGAGAAAAGAGCAGAAAGAUAACUGUUUUUCUCAAUCCUGCUGCAAGAGGAGGGAGAGGCAGAAAGUUGUUUGAGAAGAAUGCUGCCCCAUUGCUGUAUCUGGCUGGCAUAGAGGUCAAUGUGGUCAAAACGGAGUAUGAAGGUCAGGUGAAGGAGUUUUUCAAGUACCUGGAGACACAACAUGUUGAUGGUAUUGUCGUGGCUGGGGGAAACGGAACACUGGUUGAGACUGUCACAGGCAUUCUGCGAAAGGAAAAUACGACAUUUAGUCGCAAGGUUCCAGUGGGUGUGAUACCUGUUGGAGAAACGAACAUGUUUGCCACAUAUUUCUAUGGUGCUGAUAAGACUGAAGUUAGGCGUAUGCUUGAUGCUGCCAUGGCAGUGGUGAAAGGCUCUACUGAGAAGCUGGAUGUUCUGAAAAUAGAGGGAGAUGGGGGAAAGACGACCUACGCUCUGUGUGGACUACAGGCAGGGGUGUAUAGGGACGCCAGAGGGAGGGCCUCCAAGUACUGGUACUUGGGGCCCCUGAAGCACCGGUUCACAUACCUCCGUUCCAGCUUUGGACUAUGGCCUCCUGUGAUGCACGGGAAACUCGAGUAUACUGAAGCUCGAGACACUGACAUACCUGUCAAGAAAGCGGCUGAGAAAUUUAUCGAGGAGAAACCAGCUCAGCAGAGCAGAAGCUUUGUUAUGUCCAUUCUGGGAAUAUUUAGUGGACAUUUUAGGUCCAAAAUGCAGAAAGCAGCGCCAGAAGCUGAAGAAGAUGAAGUGGAGGUGGAGUACACAAACACACACACAGUCGACACCAAUCUGGAGUCCCUAGAGAUCACCAUCUCCACUGGAUACCAAACACAGGAAAGAAAAGGAAUAUCACUAGGGUUAGCGCCAGCAAACAUUUCCAAAACUCACUUUAUAAGUGAAGGCUGGCGGCGAAUAUCAGAACCAAUAUGGAAGAUGGAUUGGGACACUAACAGCCAGGUCCCAUGUCGCAGGGUGAAACUGGAACCAGAAGUAAACCCGGAGAAGGAAUCCUGGUACAACAUAGAUGGAGAGCAAUUUGAAGCCAUGCCCAUUGAAGUCACCUUGCUGAAGAACAAACUGAAAUUCUUCAAAUGUCAAACACAGCCUAGCUAAUAAAUGUUGUAAAAUU